CUUACCGGUGGUUUAUUUGCUUCUACCCUUACCCACAUUCCUGGGGCAAGUCAAAUAUUGAAAGGUGGCUUGAUAGUCUAUUGUAAUGAAGCCAAGAAGAUAAUAGCAAAAGUUUCUCCAAUAACUCUUGAAAAAUAUGGAGCAGUUAGCGAGCAAUGUGCCCGGGAGAUGGCACAGAAUACUCAGCAAUUGCUAAAAGUAGAUUUAGCAAUUAGUUUUACUGGUAAUGCCGGACCUCAGGCACUAGAAAAUAAGCCGGUGGGUUUGGUUUAUAUUAGUUUGGCUAUUCAGGAAAGAUUAAUCAAUAAAUCUUAUCAGUUUUUUGGUUCACGAGAAGAGAUUAAGGAGCAAACGGUAGAGGCAGGGAUAGAGCUGAUUGAGAAAGUUUUGAAUGAGAAGUAUGAGAAGUUUACCAUCUGGUAA